CUCUUCAAAAGUCCAAAGUUCUUGCAUGGGUAGAAAACAAACCUCUCCCCGUUUGUUCUCAGCUCCAGCCAGUGGUGUUCACAGCACGCUUUAGCUUUACCUUUACCUUUACCUUUAUUUCAUUUUUGUCAAAAACUUGGAAAUGGAGGCAUUCCAGGUCCUGUCUGUGCUUCUCCUGACUGCCGCUGCAACCGACGCUCAGUCUUUCCAUAUUGGCAAAUGCCCACAACCACCUGUACAAGAGGACUUCGAUGUUGCAAAGUAUAUGGGUAUCUGGUAUGAAAUAGAGAGGCUGCCAGCUAUACAUGAAAAAGGAAAAUGUAUCCAAGCCAACUACACUCUUCUCUCUGACGGGACGGUCAGCAUUCGCAAUGCAGAACUUCUGCCUAAUGGGAAGGUAAACUCAAUACAGGGCACUGCAAAAGUUAAAGACCCAUCUCAACCUGCUAUUCUCGGUAUCAGCUUCUUUAAAGGUGUUUCAGAUGCUCCGUACUGGGUGCUGUCCACAGAUUACCAGACAUAUUCGUUGGUCUAUGCCUGUUCUGAUUACUAUGGAGUUUUCCACUUCGACUUUGCCUGGAUCCUGGCUCGCACUCGUGUGCUCGCUGAAGAGGUCAUCAGUCAGUUACAUGAUAAGAUGGCUGUUGUUAACGUGGACUUAAACCAGCUCAUAGUAGCCAACCAGACCGACUGUGAUGGUCAUAGCCUCUGAGAAACAGUCAGUAACCAAGAAAACAAAUGAACUACAACUAGAGAUGAAGUUGAAAAGAAUCCUCAGUAAUAAUGAGUAGUAUUAUUGUGGAUCCCAGCUUUAGUAUAUCCCCCUUUUAAUAGACAUUUUUAUGGCAAUGGAAUAAUUUAUAGUUUCUCACUUGUAUGUGUGUUUUUUUUAAUGUCAAAAAUCGAGUUAUUCAGUUUAACUGCAUAUUUACAUCACUUUUUAUUUUAAAAGACUAAAAAAAGCAGCAAAAUGUGCACAGUCCUGAGAUCUGCUCAUAAAAUAAAUAAUACAGAGUAUAUCAGUGGGGUGGGAGACAUCUCUGUUUAAAUUCUGUAUUUUUACUAAAGUACCUGGAAUAUUUUCCCGUAAAUAAAAAGUCUCACACAAA